AUGCAGCUGGUCGGGCAGCUCUUUUUGAACGCGCUUGUCGCGACGAGCGAUUCGUUCUUGGCUCCGUCGCGUGCGGGCCACCCGUCGCCGUCCACGAGCAGCAUCCGAAACCCGCCGUCCGCCACCUUGUCUGCAUCCUCAUCAUCCUACUCUUCAUCAGUAUCGUCAUCGCAGCGUGCUUCGCGGCCUAAACUCCAGCCAUCCGCCAUCGAACCCAUGCAAACCGCUGCCCUUCCGCAAUUGCAGGCAAACCGAAAGCACAGGAAGCCGAGGCAGCAUCGAAUCCGUCACUGCGCCUCGCGGGUCGAGGAGCUGGCUGAAUUUGUCCUGAAUCCUCAAGUUGACUUUGCCGCUCCGGUGAAUUUGCCUAAACGAAAGGUCGAGCAUCGCAUGAAACUCUGGACAAUUUCCGAACACGAUAAGCUUCGCCGAACCUGCGUGCUUGUUGCUUCUAAAUCAACGCAUUCCAACUUGCGAAGCCGCGUCAUUGAACGUCUUUCGCGGCUAAUAUCGGCGCAAGUCGAACAGCGUCCACUGGAGAACGAGCACAACUUUGACCUCGGCGGAGACGAGUUCAGUGACAACUUCCACCUGAGCAUGGAUGACGAUUUCACCGAGGGCAUUGCUUGCAGUGGCAACACUUUCGAGAACGGCCUUCUCAUGGCGUGUUCAGAGUCUGGUCUGUCGGGUCGCGAAAUGGCACGAAUUUUGUUGAGACGCGAAACGCUCCUUCGCAAGCUUCUCUCGGUCUUGCAAGAAACGCGUCAGAUGACGCACACCACGCCAUAUGUGCGCAUGCUCAUCACCCUUGAUGACAUGCUCGGCAGUGAGGCUCUGCCUCUCGCCGGUCUGCUGGCUUCGAACGAUGUCUGGUGCCUGACGGCGCUUCGCGGCGAGCCCUUGGACGAGCUUGUGGCACACACGUAUUCCAUUCUUGAUCAAGUUGCAUCGAUGCGCGUGUCAUACCAGCUCUCCAGCGGGCCUGGAAUGCUCUCGAUGAUGUUCAGGCAAUGCUCCAUCGAAGAUCGUGUAGAGUACAGCCUGUGCCAAGCCGACUCACCCGGCCCCGUCGACGACGACGAGCAUUUUAUUGAUUGCUACGACUUUCCCGCAAGCGCACUGGAUGACAGCGGGUCCAACUGUGCAAUCGCGGCCAUGUAACGGCCGUGUCAGGUUUUUUGAGUUUUGUGGUUUGUUUUUUUGGCUUGCAUUGGCUAAAAUCAGUGCUGCCUUCCCUCCGCAUUGUACUUUACACCCCUUCAUUUUGUAUCCAUGAGUUUUUGUAUCAUUAAUAAACCGGCUUGAGCGUGCCUGGGUUGAUCCAGUGGGUGCGUAUCUGCCAAGAACCGAAA